GCGGCACCAUCACUGCCGAAGAAACGGGAUAAACCUGGAAAACAACUGGGGGAAAGAUCAACGAGACCACAUAGGCACCGUGUUAAAACCAUGGUCUAACGAAACAGUCCAUAAACCGGACCACGCCGCUUGAUCGCAUCCCGUGAGAAACUCAGAUGUUGUCGUCGCUUGGGUUUUGCGCUUUUUAUCCUUUCUCCUUGAGCGCUGCUGGUACAAAGGCUCUUGGUGUGGAGCAGCACCUGGGAUCACUGCCGUAUGAAUGGAGUGAGAGUGAUCGGACCUGCUAUCACUAACAAACCCGGAAUAGUAGAUAGUGAGUAAACCUCGCAGGAUUAAACCACUUUCUUCUUUUUUCCUCUCUCCCUGGGAGCCAGAUCCCAGUGUCACCCUGCGAGGACAGAUGCUGUCAUUGUGUCGAGGCUGAGAUUGAUCUUCUAAAAGUGUAUUUUCUCGUAAUAAUGCUUGAGAAAGACGCGCGUUAUUGCAGCUUUUUGUUCCUUUUUAUGCCCCACACAUUCCCAGCUCUUGCUCUGGCUGAACAGCCGGUUUCUCUUGUUCAGAAUGGGAUUUAUUGUAUCUGCGCAGCACACGACAAGUGUCAGCAAUUAGGCAGUGUGUUUCUGCACGGGUUACCUAAAGGCCUGUUUUAAACACCGUCACUUUAAGUGGCCAUUGUUGUCGAUAAGGAGUCAGUAGCGAACUGGACUAAAGAAAAAAGACAAGGGCUGCCAUUGCUUGAAUCCCUCGGUGUGUGUGAACCGGGGUCCGUCACAGUAAUAAAUCAGGCACAAUAUGGUGGAGCCGGUGGGAUUCACCGAGGCGUGGAAAGCGCAAUUCCCAGAGUCCGACCCCCCCAAAAUGGAGCUGCGAUCAGUUGGUGGCAUCGAGCAUGAGCUGGAGAGGUGCAAAGCGUCCAUCAGACGCCUGGAGCAGGAGGUGAACAAGGAGCGCUUCCGCAUGAUCUACCUGCAGACCCUCCUGGCUAAAGAAAGGAAGAGCUAUGACAAGCAGCGGUGGGGCUUCAGAAAGACCCCGCUGGGUGAGGGGAUGGACCCUGCAGCCGCACAGGGCGCAGAGUGCCAGUCCCAGCAGCCACACAUGCAGGAGACUGGUGGAGUUGGAGUAGCAGUUGUUGGUGGAGUGUAUGGUUGUGGCAGUGUUGAUAGGAUCCGUUAUCAGCCUACCGCAGAUGGGACUGGAAGGUCCAAACCCAGGCCUCCACCAGCCAGGAAGUCGGCCUCCCACGGAGACGGCCUGGAGUCCGCCUUCGAGGUUCCCCCGCAGGCUGAGUCCACUUCUUGUGACAACCUAGAUGGCCUCUCGCCCUCUAAGCAGAGAGGUGGCAUCUCCGCCUCUCCCCGCAGGAUCAACGUUCCACCCACAGAGAAGGACUUGCCCUCUGACCCCAAGGACAAGCUGGGGAUGGGACUUGGCGUUGCAGCUCUUAGGUCUAACUUUGAGAGGAUCAAACGGGCCAACUCUCACACUGCUGGGGAGGCAGCGAAGGGCCAGGAGAAGCAGUUGCCGCCACCACCACCGCCAUUCUACUCUAACAUGGAAUUCCACCAGGAUCGGGGGCUGAUCAGGGUCAACGACCGUGAAGUCUCGGACAAGAUCAGCUCCCUGGGCAGCCAGGCCAUGCAGAUGGAGCGAAAGAGAUCUCUCCAUUCCCUCCCAGGUAACCUGGCAACGGUGGCAGGGGACCUCCGCGCCAGGCCGGUGUACAGAGGCCGCUCCACUGAAAGCACCUGCGGCUAUGACGCAGAAUAUGAAGAUGGGGAACCCAACCAGCGACAUUCAGGGAGGGCCAAUGGUGGCAAACCUCCACCUCCUCCUUGGCAGCCCUCGGAGUUCCAGGCUUACUCUAGUGUCUAUGUCGGCGGGGUGAUGAUGGGUGAAGGUGGCGUUGGAGGUGUUGGGGGAAGUGGUAGUGGAGUCACUAUGAGGGAACUUGGGGCAGCCGAUGACCACCUGCUGACCUGGCCACGCCGUUCCUACUCCCCAGGGAGCUUCGAGGAUGUCGGCGGAGGAGGCGGCUACACGCCAGAUUGCAGCUCCAACGAGAACCUGACGUCCAGUGAGGAGGACUUUUCCUCAGGUCAGUCCAGCCACGUCUCACCCAGUCCCACCACGGCCUUCCGUCGGCCUUUUAGAGAGAAGAGCCGCUCUCCGUCCCAAAACUCCCAGAACUCCCAGCAUUCGUUCGACAGCAGCAGCCCGCCGACUCCUCAGUCCCAGAAGCGACACCAACGGCAGCAGGGAGGCCAUGUGGUCAUGUCUGAAGCCACUAUAGUGAGCGUUCGCAAGACUGGUCAAAUCUGGCCACCUGCUGCCCAUCAUGACCUCGUGCCCCACGGUAGACCAUCCCAUGACAACAGUUUCCAUGGAGACCAUAUAGACGGUCAUUUCACCGGGACCCCUCCAUCGUACGGUUACGAUGCAGAUCGCGCAGAGGAGCAGCGAAGGCACCACGAAAUCCUGCCGUACAUCGAUGACUCGCCGUCAUCUUCACCGCACCUCAGCUCAAAGAGCCGCAGCAGUCGGGACACGCUCUCCUCCGGAUCGCUAGAGUCCUCCAAGUCGAAUGAAUGUGACCUGGAAAAGGGUUUGGAGAUGAGGAAGUGGGUCCUGUCUGGGAUCUUGGCCACCGAGGAAACAUACCUCAGUCACCUGGAGGCACUGCUACUGCCGAUGAAGCCUCUGAAGGCAGCAGCUACGACGUCGCAGCCUGUGCUCACCGUGGCUCAGAUAGAAACCAUCUUCUUCAAAGUGCCUGAGCUCUACGAGAUCCACCGGGAGUUCUACGACGGACUUCUGCCCCGCGUCCAGCAGUGGAGCCACCACCAGAGAGUGGGGGACCUCUUCCAGAAACUGGCCAGCCAGCUCGGAGUUUACCGAGCGUUUGUGGACAACUACGAGCUGGCUGUGGAGACGGCGGAGAAGUGCUGCCAGGCCAACACACAGUUUGCGGAAAUCUCUGAGAACCUGAAGGUGAGGAGCCCGAAGGACUCUAAGGACCAGACGGCCAAGAACUCUCUAGAAGCGCUGCUUUAUAAACCAGUGGACAGAGUGACUCGCAGCACUUUGGUACUUCAUGAUCUGCUCAAACACACGCCCACCAGCCACCCGGACCACCCGCUGCUGCAGGACGCCCUGCGGAUCUCCCAGAACUUCCUGUCCAGCAUCAACGAGGAGUCGACGCCCCGACGCCAGUCCAUGACUGUCAAGAAGGGAGAGAACCGGCAGCUUCUGAGGGACAGCUUCAUGGUGGAGCUGGUGGAGGGAGCGAGGAAACUGCGGCACGUCUUCCUCUUCUCCGAUCUGCUGCUCUGCGCCAAGCUGAAGAAACAGAUCGGAGGUAAAAACCAACAGUAUGACAGUAAGUGGUACAUCCCCCUGACCGAGCUGACCUUCCAGGGUCCCGAGGAAGCGGAGCCCCUCACCAUCCCACAGGUCCCCGACGAAGAGCUGGACGCCAUGAGGGUCAAGAUCUCACACCUCCGCAGUGAGGUUCAGAGAGAGAAGAGAGCCAACAAAGGCUCAAAAGUCAUCGACCGCCUCAGGAAGAAGCUGUUCGAGCAGGAGUCCAUGCUCCUCCUAAUGGCUCCCAGCCUGCCGAUUAGAGUCUACAACAAGAACGGCAAGAGUUACAGUUUCCUGAUUUCGUCCGACUAUGAGCGCGCAGAGUGGAGGGAGAUAAUGAAGGAACAGCAGAAGAAAUGUUUGAAAACGUCCUCCUUGACCUCCAUGGAGCUGCAAAUGCUGACCAGCUCCUGUGUCAAACUGCAGACUGUACACCACAUUCCACUUAGCAUCAAUAAAGAAGAGGAUGAAUCCCCCGGUCUCCACGGGUUCCUGAAUGUAAUCGUCCACUCUGCCUCCGGCCUCAAACAGAGCUUGAAUCUCUACUGCACAAUGGAGGUGGAUUCCUUUGGCUUCUUUUCAAAUAAAGCCAAGACGAGAGUGUAUCGAUACACUACUGAACCCAAAUGGAACGAGGAGUUUGAGAUUGACCUGGAGGGCUCUCAGACCCUGAGGCUGCUCUGCUACGAGAAGUGUUACAACAAGACCAAGCAGAACAAAGAGGAUGGAGAGAGCACAGACCGCAUCAUGGGGAAAGGACAGAUCCAACUUGACCCUGCAUCUCUCCAAGGCAAAGACUGGCAGAGAACAGUUAUUCAAAUGAACGGGAUCGAGGUUAAACUUUCAAUAAAGUUCACCACCCGAGAGUUCAGCCUGCAGAGGAUGCCCUCACGGAAACCAAUGGGCGUGUUCGGAGUCAAGAUCUCCACCGUGACCAAGCGAGAGCGCUCCAAGGUGCCCUACAUCGUCCGGCAGUGUCUAGAGGAGAUUGAGAGGAGGGGGAUGGAGGAGGUGGGCAUCUACCGAGUAUCAGGAGUGGCCACUGACAUUCAGGCCUUGAAGACCGCAUUUGACACCAAUCACAAAGACGUGUCAGUGAUGAUGAGUGAGAUGGAUGUCAACGCCAUCGCUGGGACCUUGAAGCUUUACUUCAGAGAGCUGCCAGAGCCGCUCUUCACUGAUGAUCUCUACCCUAACUUUGCAGGCGGCAUUAACCUGUCUGAUAGUGUUGCCAAAGAGAGCUGCAUGUUGAACUUACUGCUGUCACUGCCGGAGCCCAACCUGGUCACAUUCCUAUUCCUGUUGGAUCACAUGAAGAGGGUGGCAGAUAAGGAGAGCAUCAACAAGAUGUCUCUCCACAACUUGGCGACAGUUUUCGGGCCGACCUUGCUGAGGCCUUCCGAGAAGGACAGCAAGAUCCCCGCAAACCCCACCCAGCCAAUCAGCAUGGGGGACAGCUGGUCCCUGGAAGUCAUGGCGCAGGUCCAGGUGUUGCUGUACUUCCUCCAGCUGGAGACGAUCCCCACCCCGGACAGUAAAAGACAGAGCAUCCUCUUCUCCACUGAAGUAUAGAGCUAAUAUUGACUCUGCCACCCUGAUUCUUUGACCAUGGAGGAGAGAAACGAGACGGACCGUGGCUCAAAGUGAGCCUAUAGUAGGAUGUUUUUUAAUUGACUGACCAGACUCUUGCAGAUGGAAAAGAUUGUCUCUGGUGAUGCCUGCCCUCCUCAAACACAAGAGGGCGCCAUUGGACCUCCGAACCUCUGAGGAUGCGAGGGCCUUGGUGUUCAUAUCUCUCAUUACAUGAUAUUUAGUAAGAUUCCUUCAUUGACUACAUUCACCAUCUACAUUUCUCCACCACGCUUUUUGUUGGUCUUUACAGCUUUAACGCAAUUGUGGUUCAAAAAUCAAGAUCGAUGUCAGUCCAUAAGAGAACAAAACACGUCUUUCCUGAUCCUUGAAUUAGUUUGCCAUCAAAUCUGAAUUUCCAUGUAAGUUUGUGUUUGCGUUGUUCUCUAUCUGUGUUUAUUUUGGACAAUCAUCUACUCAAGACUUUUCAUUGAUCCAUCUCAAACAUUGCUUCAUUUCCUGAUGAGGUCAAUCCUAACUGUGUCUUACAUCAUCUCAGCCCAUUGUUUCUGAGAAAGACAAGAGAAGACAUUUAUAGGAGUUGAAAAUGAACGGCACGAUACUGGCUUUCGUUCUUUGGGUGAGGAAGCCAACACCUGUAUGUUUUAGUGUUUACAACGUAAACAAACCCAGAUGGGAGUCAGAGACAAAUGCUACAGCUUGAAGAAGAACAAAAAAAGGAACCUGAUGAUUAGUAAUACACUGCAAUCUGACUGCCUGCGGUUUUCACGACCAUAAAAGCAAAAUGUCCUCUAUUUGUGUUGUUUGUGUCUCAAGGUAGUCUUCAGCUUGAAUACCGAGGAAGCAAUAUAUUUUCUAACAUAGGAAGUGUCUGUGUUCAUAUCGUUGCUGACGAAAAGUCCUUCUUACUGUAACAGAGGACAUCUUGCCAAAAGUAAUAUGUUUUUUGUUUGUUUCUAGACAAAAAAGGAGGCGGUUGUAUUUACAGAUACAGUAUGUACAUAAUCUUAAAUAUUUCUUUCUUUUUGUUUAACAGUAUAAUCAUUGAUGCUAUUAUUGUAAUUUAUUUUGGGGGGGAAGGGGUCGGUUUGUUUUUCUAUGUGAGCUCUUUUUCUGUUUUGAUUCUGAAAGUGGUAGGUCUUAGCCUUGACUUUGAGUCUUGCAGUAAAUAAGCAGGAUUUAGCCUUGUUCUUAUAGAAACUACUCAGCUGUUCUGUCCAGCCUCUUGAUUAUUCAUUUAGAUAUUAUUAUUGAAGGUAACACACACAUUGUAGUUACAUACUGUAUGCUGCUGUGGAAAAGGCACAAGCUCUUUAACGGCUGGGUGUUCCUCGGCAAAAAAACUUCUCGCAUCCAGAGACCGUCGCCUGUCUAGUGUAGACAAUAUGCAAUGUCAUAAUAGAGCACACACACUCACACACAUAUGACAUUGUCUCAUUUUGUACCAUUUAAUCAUUGGCUGCAGAAGUGCACUCACGCAAUGUUAGAAACUACUGUAUUACAAUUUAAGUGACCUGAGCACUCUGCAUUUAUGUCCAAUGAAGAGCAUAUCUGUUGGUUUUUAUGAAGGAAUAUUAUUUUUGUUUCAUCUUCUCCUGAACGGCGAAAUGUCCUUAUAAUCCUUUGUCCCUUUCAAUGUUCUUCAUACGGUUAAGCAUGAAGGUGUCCAACUCGAUGGCCAUUUUAAAAGAAAGCUCUUAAGAUGUGUUUUUGAUUCUAAAAAGUACAUAUUUCUCAUUUUGAUUUGAGUUUCCUAGAUUUAACAUGCAGGCAUGUUUUAUUGUUUUGUUUUUUAUUUUUGUGUUAUUGCUGUCUUUUUCACAGUUGUGUCAUCAUGUGGGAUGUUUGUAACUCGUGAGUAUCUGGUUUACAUUAUCGCAGCAUAUCCUUCUCAUGCCAAGGGUAAAUAUCACGGUUGUUCCUCUCGAAUAUCUUAGAUAUAAAACUAUAACCAUUUGAACAGUUAACUGGAUCUGAUAAGGGCUUGUGUCCAUGUUUGAGAUGACAUAGGGGAGUCAAUGUUAUUGAUAACACAUUUUAAAGUGGACCUAUCAUGCUAUAUUUGAAUAAUAUAUUGUAGGGCCAUACCUAUAUAAAACAUGUCUGUGAAGUUUUUUAUUCAAAAUACCAAACAGAUCAUGCAUUUUAGCCAUGCCUCAUUUCGCUCUAUUUGCUGUAUUCCAGCACUGUUUUUGCAAGGGCUGAUUCUGUGGCAAAUGAGCUGCAGCUGACCACGCCGCCCUGCAAAGGAGGGGGGCGAGGCACGAGCGUCAUAUUACCAUGCUGUUACCAUGCCACGGCAACCUCUCAUUCCCCUGUAGGCAGAGCGUCACCGCCCACUAUUCCGGGCUGACGUCGGGUCGGAUGGAAUCUGUAUCCGCUCGUUGUAGCCCCGUUUUUAAAAGAUUUGGCUACGGAGGAAAAGAGAGGGUUGUAUUUUCUGACACUUGGUGAGUUCCCUGGAACACCGGGGACACAUAUUCAUGUAUAAAAGACGUACAAAAGUGCAUUUUGCAUGAUAGGUCCACUUUAAGUUAACAUAAAUGUCUUUGGACUUUUUAAGGCAAGAGAAGUCAUUCUCAGAUACAUAUCAACUCUCUAAAUCUUAAGUCACUCGAUAAAUAUACAUAAAACAUCAUUAUAUCAACCCAAUUAUGUUAAGCUUUUAUUCUGAAAGUCAAGGUUCAAGGUUCAAGUCUUCAUGCCUUCAGUCCCACUUUUGAUGUACUUCCACAAGUUUUGGCCCACUGUAGCAUGCCCACAUUGUUUCAUCAUCUAUAUGUCAGGAUGUGAGACACCGGGUGAAUCCACCACUCAUUCAUUCGUCUGUCACCCUUUAAAACAAGUCCCGAUUGCCUACACUCUACCCUAUCGUGCCUCGACACUUUUGUUUUUUUGUUAAGCGCCUGUGGUACUCUGAAACGUUGUUCAGUCUCCUGUUGCCUUUGCUGAGGACAGCCACACACCUUCCAUCUCUUAAAGACUAAGACAGGACCUUAACCUUAAGCACGGUCUUAGCUCAUACUGUACAUGCUCUACUGUCACAUUCAUCGUACUGUGAUGCUGUAAUUUAAAAAAGUCAGUCUUAAAACAUUUUCGUCCUUGUUUUGGCUCUUAAACUUUCAGCUCCUUUUAAUGCCUUUUAAUCUAAUUUAUUUAUGUUUUGUCCCUGUUUGGUAUAAGAAGGUCUCCUAGUUCUAUUUAUUUAUGAUAUAAUAUCAUCUGAAACUAUAUUAAUGUAUAUGGUGUGCUUUCUUUGGGAAAACGUAUGUCUUAUUUUACUGUUUGUUGAUAUUUUGUCCCAGAAUCACAACCCCUCCAAACACCUACGAAAGCCCAUUUCUCAUCUCUGUAGUUUGACGUGUUGUACAACUUGUUGUACAGACUGGCCACUGUGAGUGUUUAGCUAUUUGAUUAAAUAACUGAAUAGCAGAUGCAGGUUCUUGUCAAUUGAAAAAAGGUAGAUUCACAGAAUUCAAACUUCUCUCAUUUUCCACGAAGUUGUAUAAUAUGUAUUAUACAAGAGAGUACAUUAUCUGGUUUCCGUUAUUAUUUAUUUUGGCGUCCGCUGACGUAUGAUCGUCAAGAGUUGAGCCGGUACGCCUCUCGUCUCUUUGAAAAGACAAACUGUCAGUGUAUGGUAGAGGAGAUAAGAGUCUUAUAUUGCUCUAAAAUCUGCAUUGUUUUUGGUCUGUUGAUUGUCAGUGUAACUGCAUGUACCCUCCAUAACCUCAGUCCCUCUGUACAUGAAAAAGUAAAUACAACAAAAAAGGUUUAAUUUAUCUGUUGAAUAGCCUGAAGAUGUGGAACAUAUUGCUCUAUAUGAAAGUUCUCCAUUUAUUGUAUAUGGUAAUUAUCACAUUCCCAUAAUACUGUCAAAUGACCCUCUGCUGCCACUUCUACGCCACCAGACUUACAUUAAGUUAGACUCCCUGACUCUUUGGAAAUAUACCAGUUUUGAUUUUAUUUGGCACACAAUGUUAAGCUGAGAAUGAAACUUGCUGACCAACCACAAACACUUUCUCUUUACCUUCUGCGAUCUUUGAACUCUUGUUCCUCUUGUUCAAUAUUCAGUGUUCUGCUUGUAGAACUGUAAAAAGGAAUACUGUAUUCUGAGGGCAAACAUGUUUGGAAGGCAUUUGCUGCCUAUGUUUGUACACAAAAAUGUUAAAUAAAAUCUCCUUGUAUCUACAUAGAA